AUGAACAAUCCAGCUGGUCUUGGGCAAGGAGUUUCAAUGGUUGAAUUGGAGGCUUUCCGAACACUCUACUUCAACAUGCUUACUGUCUGCAACAAGAAAUGUCUCACUGCCUAUGGAAAGGACCUCGAUGACUAUGAGAAGAAAUGUGUCGAUUCAUGUGUGGAUAAAUUCUUUGAUGCUCAAAAGGAAAUUUCCCUUGUGAUGCAAAAUCAACAACUUCAAUAA